AUGGCGAUGUCAAUUCCAAAAUCCGGAUAUGCUCGUUUUCUAAAAGAGGGAGCUCAGAUCUAUCCAAAGAAAUAUUCUCGGAAAUUUCAGUCGUUCAAGGGUACUGAAGAGGCUGUUCAACGUAAUAUUGAAGCUUGCACAGAGCUGGCUGCACAGAUUCGCUCUGCCUACGGCCCAAGUGGUAUGAACAAGAUGGUAAUCAAUCAUAUCGAAAAACUGUUUGUGACAAAUGAUGCGGCAACAAUUCUGAAAGAAUUGGAAAUUCAGCAUCCGGCCGCAAGAAUGGUCAUAAUGGCAAGUCAGAUGCAAGAGAAACAGAUUGGUGAUGGGACGAAUACGGUGGUGAUAUUCGCUUGUGCACUUUUGGAACAUGCAUCGCAGCUGCUCAAUAUGGGUCUAAGUCCUGCUGAAAUAGCCGCAGGUUAUGAGCAAGCGUUGGACAAAACGCUGGAAAUUCUUCCUUCGUUAGUAGUGAAAAAAGCGACAGACUUACGCGAUCUCAGCGCUGUUCAAAACUACUUAAAAUCGGCUAUAAUGUCGAAACAAUACGAUAAUGUUGAUUUUAUCACCGAAUUGGUUGCGAAAGCGUGCGUUCAAAUCGUCCCAAAGAAUGCGUACAAUUUCAACGUUGACAAUAUUCGCAUUUGUAAGAUUUUGGGUGCUGGCAUUACUUCAUCUCACACGAUGAAUGGUAUGGUUUUCAAGCGUGGUGCAGAAGGAGAAAUCAAGAAAGUCUCAAAUGCGCGUAUUGCCGUCUUCGCGUGCCCAUUUGAUCUGACUCAAACUGAGACAAAGGGCACGGUUCUGAUGGAAACCGCGUCGGAUCUGUUGAGUUUCAGUGCUGGUGAGGAGUCCGAGGUAGAGCAACAAGUGAAAGCGUUAGCGCAGAAUGGAGUAUCGUGCGUGGUUGCUGCCGGUAAAUUUGGAGAUUUGUAUUUGCAUUUCUUGAACAAAUACAACAUUAUGGGUGUUCGUCUCACAUCAAAAUUCGACUUGAGACGAUUGUGUCGAACCACUGGAGCUCAAGCGCAAGCCAGAGUGUGUGCACCGAGUGUGGAUCUGCUAGGUGAAUGUGAUCGUGUGUACGUUGAAGAGAUAGGCGAUACGGAAGUUGUAGUUUUCGAUAAGGCAAGUGAAAGAGGCAAUAUAGCAACAAUUGUGAUUCGUGGAUCAAGUCAGUCGAGGAUGGACGAUGUCGAAAGAGCCAUCGAUGAUGCUGUCAACACGUAUAAAGCACUAACGAGAGAUGACCAGUUAGUAGCCGGAGCGGGCGCUGUUGAAAUUGAAUUAGCUAAGCAAAUUGACGAUAUUGGGUCGAAAUGUGCUGGUUUGGCGCAGUACGCAAUUCGAAAGUUUGCACAAGCACUCGAAGCGUUGCCGAAGCAGUUAGCUGAUAAUGCAGGACUGAAGGCCACCGAAGUAUUGUCGAAGCUGUACGCUACACAUGAGGAAGGAAAGAAGAAUGCUGGUGUAGACUUGCAGAGUGGUGAAGUUAUGGAUGCAUCAACGAACAAUAUCUUCGACUUGUAUGCAAGUAAGAAAUUGGCAAUUAAACUGGCCACGAACGCGGCCAUAACCAUACUCAAAGUAGAUCAGAUCAUAAUGUCGAAGCAAGCCACUGGCGGUCCUAAACCACGUGGACCGAAACCGCAGGAUGAAGAUGACGACGAUGGAAUGGCUUAG